AUGAGAAGCCUUCUGGUGUUAUGUGGGCUUCUGGCUCUCGUAGCCGCGGUCUCCUGUCGGGAGAUCCGGGAGGAGAGCUCCGACCUCGAGGUCGCAGCCUCCCACCAUCACGGCCACGAUCAUGGGCACCAUGAGGGUGGUGGCCACGAGGGUCACGAACACCAUCAUCAUGACCAUGGUCACCACGACCAUAAGGGACACAAGGGACAUCACGAGCACCACCAUGGAAAGCACGGCCACCACCAUCACGAAGGACACAAGGGCCAUCACGGUGAGCACGGCGGACACAAGAAACAUCACCACCACGACGAGGGCUACCAUCAUCACCACGGAAAAGGAGAGAAGGGGCACCACGGCCACGGUCACGACGAGCACGGUCACUGGCACAAGGGUCACGACACAAAGGGCCACCACGGCAUCGAACAUCACGACGAAUUCAAGAAGGACAAGCACUUCCACGAUCACCACGGAGAGAAGGGACACCAUGAACACCACGGCGGUCACCAUCAUGAGGGCGGACACCACAAGGGCGGCCACCACCACCACGGCCACAAGCAUCAUGGACACCAUGAACAUGACCACGGCAAGCACGGACAUCAUGAAGAUGGCGGACACCACCAUCACCACAAGGGACACCAUGGAGAAGAUGGCCACCACGAGCACCACCAUCACCAUCAUGACCAUGGUAAGAAAGGAGGUCAUGAACACCACAAGCACUGGCAUCACAAGGGACACUAA